ACCUAGCGGUAACUCUGGGACCAGCCGCGGGGCCUGCACGGGGCGGGGCCUGCACGGGGGCGGGCCCUCAGCGGGCCCCUCCUCCACGGGCAGAGCGCAACAAGCCCGGGUUAAAGAGGCGCGCGGAGGCGGGCGCGGCGCACACUGUGUGGCGCGCGGAGAAGCGGCGCACGUGUCUCCGGGAGUUCGGCCUUGGGUUCACCCAGCUGCUUUAGCCCCCGCGGUCCAGGGUGCGCCCUCGGCCCCCUUGGUGUCCGCCCACCUCUGGCCCGCGUGAGGAGGUCCCGCACAGUUCCCUGCGCUCGGUGGGCCAACUUGCAGGAGCAACUGUGUCGGUGGAGCGGCGCCGGGUUGAACGGGGCACUGCGCAUGCGGAGCUCCAAAUUCAAACAGCUGUUUCCAGAGGCUGGAGGGCGGGUGGGACCGGGAGCCGCUGGGGUUAGCGGAGGCAUUUUCAUUCUCCAGGAGGUGGCCUCUCGGGAGCCAUGGUGGACCGGGGCCCUCUGCUCACCUCGGCCAUCAUCUUCUACCUGGCCAUCGGGGCGGCGAUCUUCGAGGUGCUGGAGGAGCCGCAUUGGAAAGAGGCCAAGAAAAACUACUACACGCAGAAACUGCAUCUGCUCAAGGAGUUCCCGUGCCUGGGCCAGGAGGGCCUGGACAAGAUUCUGCAGAUAGUAUCUGAUGCUGCAGGACAGGGCGUGGCCAUCACCGGGAACCAGACCUUCAACAACUGGAACUGGCCCAACGCAAUGAUUUUUGCAGCCACGGUCAUUACCACCAUCGGCUAUGGCAACGUGGCCCCCAAGACCCCCGCCGGGCGCCUCUUCUGUGUCUUCUAUGGUCUCUUUGGGGUGCCGCUCUGUCUGACAUGGAUCAGUGCCCUGGGCAAGUUCUUCGGGGGACGUGCCAAGAGGCUGGGCCAGUUCCUCACCAAGAGAGGCGUGAGCCUGCGCAAGGCGCAGAUCACAUGCACGGCCAUCUUCAUCCUGUGGGGCGUGCUGGUCCACCUGGUGAUCCCACCCUUCGUGUUCAUGGUGACGGAGGAGUGGAACUACAUCGAGGGCCUCUACUACUCCUUCAUCACCAUCUCCACCAUCGGCUUCGGCGACUUCGUGGCCGGUGUGAACCCCAGUGCCAACUACCACGCCCUGUACCGCUACUUCGUGGAGCUCUGGAUCUACCUGGGGCUGGCCUGGCUCUCCCUGUUUGUCAACUGGAAGGUGAGCAUGUUUGUGGAGGUGCACAAGGCCAUUAAGAAGCGGCGGCGGCGCCGGAAGGAGUCCUUCGAGAGCUCCCCACACUCCAGGAAGGCCCUGCAGGUGGCAGGGGGUGCGGCGUCCAAGGACGUCAACAUCUUCAGUUUUCUGUCGAAAAAGGAGGAGACUUACAACGAUCUCAUCAAGCAGAUCGGGAAGAAGGCAAUGAAGACGGGCGGGGGUGGGGAGCGGGUCCCAGGGCCGAGCCUGGGGCCCCAGGGGGGUGGGCUGACAGCCCUGCCCACCUCCCUGAGCCCCUUGGUGGUCUACUCCAAGAACCGGGUGCCCAGCUUGGAAGAGGUGUCCCAGACGCUGAGGAGCAAAGGCCACAUGUCUCGGCCCCCCGGCGAGGAGGCCGGGGCGGGGCCCCCCGAGGAGGGCUCCCCCGCCUCUGAGGUGUUCAUUAACCAGCUGGACCGCAUUAGCGAGGAGGGUGAGCCGUGGGACGCCCAGGACUACCACCCGCUCAUCUUCCAGAACGUCAACAUCACCUUCGUGAGCGAGGAGGCCGGCCUCUCGGACGAGGACACCUCCAAGUCCUCGCUGGAGGACAACCUGGCUGGGGAGGAGAGGCCCCAGGAGGGGGCCGCGGCCGAGGUGCCCCUGAACCUGGGCGAGUUCCCCUCGUCGGAUGAGUCCACCUUCACCAGCACCGAGUCCGAACUCUCCGUGCCUUACGAACAGUUUAUGAACGAGUACAACAAGGCAAACUGCCCCAAAGGCACGUGAGGCGGGGCCGGCUCCCCGCCCCACCUUCCAUGGCUUCUCUUCUCCUCAACCUGGGGUGUCCUACUGUGGCUGGGCCCCUGGCCCCUGGUGGGGGGUGGCCCUGGAACUGGGAGUAGGGGCCCAGGGGCCUUCCUCACCUUCAUCCCCUGCAGCUAGAUGCUACCGGUCAGACAUGGCGCACCCAGGACAGGGCCCUCUGUUCAUCAGCGGGACAGGCACCCUGGCAGCGGGAGGCGUCUGUCCUGAGCACGGUUGGGGGAUCUGGUGGUUCACGGACACGUGGGCUGGCGGGACCGAUCCCGGGGAGGCCUGCGCCUGCGUGGGUCGAUGCCCAGUCAUUCGGUUGCGACUGUCUCACGGUUCUCUUAGGUCGGGGGCCUCGGCCGUUUGAGUUCACCAGUAUUAACAGGUUCCUGUGCGCCCAGCACUGAGCCAGGCAUUUCAGAGAGAGGGUGAGGGUGGUGUAAGACCCUGGUGGGGUUGGGGGCUGGGCACUUCAGCACCUCAGCAGUAGUGGGGCCCCGCCUGGGGCACAUGUUUAACCGUCCCCCAGUCCUGCCUCGUCUGCCUGGCUGUCGUCCCUACUGCAGAUCUCAGUAGGGAGGAGGCCAUCUGGGGACGGGGAGCUAACGGGCAGGUGCUGAAACACUCCUGUUACGGGGGACCCAGAGUAAGUCCCAAGUGUGGCCCAGCAUCCCAGCCCUUCUGUGGACUUAACUGGGAUGGAGCCCAGCCCAGAGUCCGGUUCCCUGUCCCAGACACCCUUUGGCCAAGCAAUGGCAGGCGCGGGCUUCUGCCUCCCGGGAAGUGGUGGCAGAAAGAGAGGCUGGGGCUCCUGGAGCUGGCAGCCGGGGAGCUGCAGGAGUGGGCUCAGCUCCGGCUCAUCCUGCCUCCACCCUUCCGUCCCGUGACCUCACCGCUCCCCAGAUCACUCUUGGCUCACAAGUGGGGAAUGUCCAAAUAUGUGAAUCAACCUCCUCCCUCCAGCUGCUGUUUGGUGUGUGUGUGUGUCUGUGUCUGUCUGUCUGUCUGUGUAAGAAAGAAAGGAUUUGCAAUGGGAGGAGAAAAAUAUAAUGUGAAACUGCAGACGGACUGUUUCUGGUGAGGGGCUGGCAGAGUUCUUGGGUUCUUCGUGAGGUGCACCCUUGGGCCAGCCCACUCUGCCCUGCAUGUUUUGUUUUGUUUUGUUAUUUUUUAAAUGAAUUGCUGAUUUUUUAAUCUCAUUGGCUUCAGAGCCAGAGGGGAGAAAAGGUGCAAGAGUGGGGCCCCAAGGAUCGGGAUGUCCGGUGUUCACUCUCCUAUCCCCCAACCCAGUUGGGCCUUUCUCGGUGACCUCAGCCAAGGUCAUGGUGUCAGAGUUGGGGAGGGGCAUUGGUCGCAGGCGACCAGAUGCUGGGCAGGAGGUGCAACCCAGACACCCUCUCUGCCUCUCAACCCCCUCCCCAAUACUGCAGGGCCAAAGAGGGCCAGACCCCCACCCAUCCCCACUUAGCCUAUAACCCAGGGGUAUGAUGGCCCAGCAUCAGGGUGGGAAGGAGCGGCCUUCUGUUUUUCUGUGAAAUGUUUUAACGAGCUCGUCUUAGUUUUCCUGACCCCACUUGGCUGGGGUGUUGCUGGCUGUCCUGGAAUCACACACACUGUAUGUACAUACUGGCAAUGAUGUCAAAUGUAAUUUAUUUUAACAUUUUUACAAUAAAACAUGAGAUGGACAA